CGCUGUUCGUUCUUGUUUCCGCAAGGUUGCUCUCCGGCCUGUACUCCUCGCUUACCUCAGGCCUGCUGAAUGUCGGAAUCAUGGUCUGGGACAGCGGACUCGCAAUCUACAACCUCGUGACCUGGAAUCUCCCCGCCAACGCCGUCGUGCCCCAGGGCUGCGCAGGCGCACUUGGGGUGUGGCCCGAGUACGUUCCACCCCAGGAGGGCGAUAGUCGAUGCUCGUGUCCGGCGCUGAACGCCAUGGCGAAUCACGGAAUCUUGCCCCACUCAGGUCGCGGAAUUAGCUUCAAGGACCUAUCGGCAACGAUUAGACAGACUUACAACUUUGCCCCAAGCUUUUGCCUCUUCGUCCCCAACUAUGCCGCGAACAUGCUGUGCCGCAACUACUGGACUGACACCUUCGAUUUGAGCGACCUUGACGUACAUAAUUGCAUUGAGCACGAUGGGUCCUUGACUCGCGAGGACAGCGUCGACCAGCCUGACCAAGGAAAGCCGGUUCGGCAUCUUGUCGAGGAGUUGCUGGCGUCCGGUACAGGUCCCAACGGAGACCUUACCCCAGCAGAUCUCUCGCGCAUCUCCGGGAAGAGGCGCAUGGAGUCCAAGAGGAGGAACGGACAAUUUAGCCUCACGACCUUCCACAAGUUUUUCGGCAGUUCCAACUCUUCCACGAUGCUGACGAUCCUCGGAGGCAGAGUGAAGGAUCUGCGCCCCUUUCUCCUGGAGGAGCGCAUUCCGGACGGCUGGCAGCCACGAAUCCGGCAUCGUAUGGGGCUGACCAUGGCGGAGUUCAACAGCACCGCGUUGCGGGUCGAGUUUGGGAUCACGGAAGAAGUAUACGGGGACACGUCAAAUGCCGCACAAAAGAAGAAGACACUGUAAGGGGGACCUGGACCCCGUGGUGUUACGCAUAUCCGUGGAAGGCGUGCAAGAGGGAGGGUCUCACGCCGCUGUCGUCAGGGAGUUUGAACGGGGCUUUGAGGGUUGCAGGGGGAUAUGCGUCAUAUCUGAUUGUGCUCCCGCGAACAUGCAGACUGUGUCGAAGGGUAUACUUGUAUUGUAUUAUGAUUGACGUGCAUUCCGCGCACUUAACAUCGAACGCGCCGAUC